AUGGCAGAUCCCCCUGGAGAGGACUCUGCGCCCGAAAGUGGGAAUGUUCCCAGGCAGCCCAGCCAGGUAACUUUCAACGUCGAGGAUGCAGGAGCAGAGCCGCCCGCAGGCCAAUAUGAACCCGGAGGAGGAGGAGGAGGAGGAGGACUGGUCCGUGAGCAGCCCGGCUACCCUGCGGAGACCAGGCCAUCCCAUGGCAACAUGUACCAAGCGGACCAACCCAGGCUGAAUGCCUACAACCAGCCAGAGGGAAGAGGGGCCAUGUAUCAGCCCCAGCAAGCCCGAGGUGUCCUUUUCCAAGAGAGGGGUGGCCCGCAGGACUUGAGGAUUCCUGGCAUGCCGAGGCACCCGGCCACGGGGAGGGGAAGUUUUGAGGACAUUGCAGGUGGAGCUGCUCAGCCACAGGAUCAGCCAUCCCUCCUAGGCCCAAGAGGCAGCUUCCAUGCCCUAGGGAACAGAAAUAACCAAGCUCUGCAGUAUGAAUCAGGAGGACAUGGACCGUAUCAAACACACGAACCUGGAUAUGGCCUUUAUCAGAUGGGCGGCAACCUCUACGAAGAUCAGAUCCCUGACCCAGGACCCAGGGCACUGGCGAUUAAGAAUGCAAAGGCCUACCUGUUAAAAACCAGCCUCAAAACUGGUGUGAGCUUGUAUGACCAUCUUGCUGAAAUGUUGUCUAAGAUUCUGGAUGAGCGACCUGAAAACCCUGCUGACAUUUUUGAAAACAUUAGUAAGGAUGUGAAGUGUGCUCGGUUUCAGAAGAAACUGGACACCCUCCGAGACGAAUAUGAGAAACAUCCAACAUUUGAGCUGGCUGAAAUGUACAAGACCCUGUUCCAGAAGGGUGGUGGUGAAGGAACAGAUCAAGAACUAGAAGAGGAAAUUCCAGACUCUCCUCUGCCCAAUGUAAUGGAGACGGCCUUCUAUUUUGAACAGGCUGGAAUUGGCCUGAGCAUAGAAGAGUACUACCACAUCUUCCUUGCCCUCAAACAGCUAGUCACCACACAUCCAAUUCAAACCUGCCGUUUCUGGGGCAAAAUCCUCGGAAUUGAGGCCAACUAUAUUGUAGCUGAAAUUGAGUUCCGUGAGGGAGAGGAGGAAGAAGAGGCAGAGGAAGAAGAAAUACUUGAGGAGGGACUAAAAGAAGGGAGUGAAAUGAGGGAGGAUGAAGAAGAUGAGGAUGAAGAAAAAGAUGAGCCACCAAAGCCUAACUACAAGCCCCCACCAGUUAUACCAAAAGAAGAAAAUCGGAGUGGCACCAAUAAAUUCACUUAUUUUGUUUGCAGUGAACCAGGCAAACCCUGGAUAAGAUUACCACCGGUGACCCCUGCACAGAUAGUGAAUGCCAGAAAGAUCAAGAAGUUCUUCACUGGAAGACUAGAUGCAGCCAUUGUGAGCUAUCCACCCUUCCCAGGCACUGAAGCCAAUUAUCUGCGUGCACAGAUUGCCCGCAUUUCAGCAGCGACCCAGAUCAGUCCUCUGGGAUUUUAUCAGUUUGGUGAAGAAGAAGGCGAUGAAGAGGAAGAGGGAGGAGCUGGAAGAGACACAUACGAGGAAAAUCCUGACUUUGAACCCAUUUCUGUUCUAGAGAUGGUAGAGUCUCUUUCCAACUGGGUGCACCAUAUACAGAAUAUUCUAAUUCAGGGACGCUGUACCUGGAUUAAUCCCUUUCAAAAAUCAGAGGAGGAGGAGGAGGAAGAUGAGGAAGAGGAGAAACCUGAUGAACAAGAAGAAUCACAGGAAGUAGGACCCCCUCUUCUCACACCACUCUCUGAAGAUGCAGAUAUUCAGAACAUCCCACCAUGGUCAGCUGAGACAUCAACAAAUUUAAUUCCUCAGUAUGCCCUCGCAGUUCUUCAAGCAAAUUUGUGGCCUGGAGCAUACUCCUUUGCGACAGGAAGGAAAUUUGAUAAUAUUUAUAUUGGCUGGGGUCACAAAUACAGUCCAGAGAAUUUUAACCCUACAUUGCCACCACCAGUGCAGAAUGAGUAUGCUAGUGGACCAGAAAUCACAGAGGCAUCUGAUCCAACUGUAGAAGAGGAGCUUGCACUCAAAGCUGCACAGGAGGAGGCACUGGCAGCUGAAGAGAUGGAAGAGGAAGAAGAGGAUGAGGAUGAAGAUGAGGAUGAUUGAACUUCUAAGACGUAGCAGUAGCAUUUUUCUAAGACUAGAUACAUUUUCCCAAAUACAUUAGAGUAAGCAGUG